CUUUGACAAAUCUCCUCCUUUUUUUCUCUUUUAGACCCCAAAAGGAACCUGUUUGGAAUCGGUUAAGUUGGCUAUAGAUAUUGGAUACCGGCAUAUUGACGGGGCCUUUGUUUAUUAUAACGAGCAUGAGGUGGGGCAAGCUAUCCGUGAGAAGAUCUCCGAGGGCAAGGUUAAGAGAGAAGAUAUCUUUUACUGUGGGAAAUUGUGGAAUACAUGUCACCCACCAGAACGUGUCCGGCCAACUUUAGAGAAGACCCUGGAGAUCUUGGGAUUGGAAUAUGUAGAUUUAUAUAUUAUCGAAUUGCCAAUGGCCUUUAAGCCAGGGGAUGACUUCUACCCAAGGGAUGAAAAUGGAAAAUAUCUUUACCACGAAACAGACCUCUGUGCUACAUGGGAGGCUUUGGAGGAAUGUAAAGAUGCAGGACUUUGCAAAUCCCUGGGAGUGUCCAACUUCAACCGCAGGCAACUAGAACUAAUCUUGAACAAACCGGGACUCAAGCACAAGCCCACAUCCAACCAGGUCGAAUGUCAUCCUUAUUUCACUCAGCCAAAGUUAUUGGAGUUCUGCAGACAGCAUGAGAUCGUCAUCGUGGGCUAUAGUCCUCUAGGAACUUGUCGCGAUGCAAUGUGGGUGAACGUGUCCUCCCCACCGCUCCUGGAAGAUGCUACCUUGAAUGCAAUUGGCAAAAAGUACAGCAAGUCAGCUGCCCAAGUGGCAUUAAGAUUCAACAUACAGAGAGGUGUGGUAGUCAUUCCGAAGAGCUUUAAUCCAGAUCGGAUUAGAGAAAACUUCCAGAUUUUUGACUUCUCACUCACUGAGCAGGAAAUGGAGGAUAUUGAAGCUCUGAAUAAGAACAUUCGCUAUGUGGAACUGUUAAUGUGGAGUGAUCACCCAGAAUACCCUUUUAAGGAUGAGUACUGA